AUGGAAGCUGCAAUCAAGCAAGAUAUAAACCGGCGACUGCAAAUUCCACACAAAGUUGCACCACCUGAUUCGUCCGCUGGAGUAUCGCUCACCGGUAUAACUGAAUCCACCUCCGUUCCCGUUAUGUCUGGGGCAUUGGUCAAAUCUCGAACUUGCAAACGAUCAAUCCUGCAGGAGGACUGCACAUCUCGAAACUGUUACGGUGAACAAGUGGAUGAAUCUGAGUCGUUAUUUUCCUUCUCGGGAGCAUCCCACUCCAUUCCACAAGCAGAAACAUCCGAUCUCGACGACAAAAAUCAAAUUUCCUCCCACUGUGGCAUUUUUCUAAAGACUUCUUCACCUGUGGGCAAGCUUAUGAGUAUAGUCCUCCAUUUCGAGAGGGCAGACAAUUCAUUGAAGCAGGAAAUCGUUCGAGUUGCGGAAAUUCUUGACGCUGCUGAUCAGCAGCCUUCAUGGGAAAUGUUGAUUGAUAUUCUCAAAUUGCGGGGUCCUUGCCGUGUCAAUUUCGAUGUCGAAAAGGAUUUAUUGGUAGUCGAGAACCACAUUGCUAUUGGAGAUCGGCGGCAACUUUUAGCAUGCCUGCAAUACUUAUGUAACUUAGGUAAGGUCAAUGGGCACGGCUUGGUGUACGAUCGGAACACGAUUGAGCACGCUGGCAGUUCUUCGCUUGCUGGCGCGGCAGAACACAGGGCCGCUGAUAGCGGCGUGAGACUUCUCCGGACAUUGUAG